CCCCCUUCCACCUCCGGCCCUUCAAUGCCGUUCCUUCUCUCUCUAGAGGGUGAUUAUAUAUGUUCUAGGCCUACAAUAGGACGCUCUCUCCAGGGCCUGCCUAAGCUCCACGAGGAGUUGGUGGAAUCGCGUGCGAGGACCCAUGCAUUGGACAAGCUGAAAAGUCUAAUCCAAAAGCCACAAUAUCUUCUAGAAGCCCUCUCCGAUGCUUGUCUUGCUUCUAUGACCUGCCUUUCCGGGUCUAAUCCGUAUGUUGACAGCACAUGGGUUAAAUGUGCAAGGUUGGCUCUGGACCCUGCGGGCAGCCCCAACCAACACGCUUGGCGCAAGAGAUUAAGCCUUAACCCACCCAUCCUUCUGUAACCUUACUUCUAUACUAAAAGAGACAAGGGAGAAGAGAGAGAGAGGGGGAAAGAGAGGCGUGGGUUGGAGAAGCUUAAAUAUCGUGUGGUGAUCACCCUUCCCCCCUUCCAGGGCCGUCCGGGUUCUCUUGUCUCCUGGCUCGACAUCUCCUACAAUUUGUGCAAUACUCUCUGUCUCUCUCAAAUUCCACCAUACCUCUUCCCAGGGCAAUGGCUGCCUCUCACGGUAACGCCGCCAUUGUGGUUGGUGGGUUUAACUCAAUCGAGGGCAAGGUCGUGGAAGUCCCCACGCACCCAGAGAUCAACGAAAAGGGCCCACAUGCAGGAGACGAUAAUAUUGUCGACGAGAAGGGCCAUGGGGCCGACUUCGACAUCACCGCUGCCCCAGUCCGGAGCAACGACGAGGAUGGAGACGAGCACGACAAGAAGAGCGACGACGCCAUCAUUGUGACUGGUGCCGACGCGGCCCAGCACCUCUUGCCCUUGCGCGAUGAUGGCGACCCCGCCUUUACCUUUCGAGGUAUCUUCAUUGCGACCAUCUUGUCUGGAUUCCAAGCUGUCGUGUACCAGAUCUACAUGUUCAAACCGACCCUCAUCACCAUCCAGGGAACCUUCAUCGUCCUCAUUGCCUACUUCCUCGGCAACGGCUGGGCUGCCUUCCUGCCCCGAGGCGACCGCUAUGAAGCCCGCUGGAGGGAGCAGGGUGGCCAAGGCAAGCUUCCUACAUGGAUCACCGUGGCCAAGUUCUUCAACAACGGCCCCUGGGGUCUCAAGGAGCAUGCCAUCGCCGCUAUCACCGCCACCGGCGCCUCCAAUGCCGCCGCGGCCAGUCAAGUCUUUGCUGCGCAGGAUCUCUUCUACGACCUGCCCUUGUCGCCCACCACUGUGAUCCUGAGCACCAUCAGCAUUGGUCUCUUUGGCUACGGCCUCUGCGGCCUCAUGCGGCCCAUCGCUGUGUGGCACGUCGAGUCCGUCUACUGGAGUACCCUGCCCACCGUCAAGACCCUCCAGGGUCUGCACUGGGAGGGAAUCAAGGACUCAAAACCCAUCCGCUACUUUUGGUAUGCAUACGGAAGCAUGUUCGCCUAUGAGUGGUUCCCCGCAUACAUCUUCCCAUGGCUCAACUCGGUCUCCAUCCCUUGCCUGGCUGCCAUGAAGGCUACCGGCUCCACCGCUGCGACAUUGACCAACCUCUUUGGUGGCGCUUCUACCAACGAGGGACUCGGCCUGUUCAAUUUCUCUUUUGACUGGCAAUACAUCACCUCUUUCCAAACCUCUCUUCCCCUGAAGCUGCAGUGGCAUCAGGCUGCAGGAUUUGGUGUCUGCUAUCUGGCGAUGCUGGGAAUCUACUACUCCAACGACUGGAACGCCAAGUCGCUUCCCUUCAUGUCGACUUCGCUUCAUCUGGCCAACGGAUCUUCGUACCCGACCGAGGAGGUGUUUAGCGGCGGUCUGCUCAAUGACACGGCCCUCGCCGAGUUUGGUCCUCCCAAACUGGCUGCUACUUUCGCUUACUCCAUGUUCAUUGCCAACGCCGCUAUUGGAGCCCUGAUCAUGCAUUGCUUCAUCUUUUGGGGUGGUGAUGUCAAGCGGGCCUACAAGAGCGCAAGACAGGGUAAAUUCGACGAUCCUCACCACACGCACAUGGCCGCCCACUACAAGGAGGCACCAUGGUGGUGGUACGCAGCCGUGCUCGUCAUAUCCUUCUUCCUCGGUCUCGUCGUCGUCCUCAAGGAAAAUGUCACACUGCCAGCCUGGGGUUAUAUUGUGAGCUUGAUAUUGGGAAUUGUCAUUGCGCCGCUGUCAACCAUCCUCUACGCGCGCUAUGGAAACGGUAUCGCGACGAACAAUCUCUCCAAGAUGUUGGCGGGAUUGAUGCUGCCAGGUCGUCCAGUUGGUAACAUGUACUUUGCCGCUUGGUCACACAAUGUGAUCUCGAAUGCCGUAAACCUGGCCAAUGACUUGAAGCUGGGAGAAUACCUCAAAAUUCCUCCUCGGGUCAUGUUCCUGACUCAGAUUUACGGUACCAUCCUCGGCGGCUUCAUCAACUACGCUGUCAUGAUCUCCAUCGUCAACGGCAACCGUGAACUCCUCGCCAGCGGCAACGGCGAUUCGUCCUGGAGCGGUGCCAACAUGCAGGCCUACAACACAAACGCCGCCUCCUGGGCCUUGUCUGGCUACAUGUACAAGGCUGGCACCACGUACGCCAUGGUUCCGGUGGGUCUUGCCAUCGGUGCCGCGUUGGUCGUUGUCCAUCGUGUUAUCGUCCACUUCAUCCCCAAGAUCCGGGGCUUCUCCCUCAGGGAGGUCAACAUGCCGCAGUUCAUCCAGUACGCCGGCUACAUUCCUUACAACCAGAGCCAGACGUGUGUCAUCUUCACCUGGGUCAUCUCGGGCUUCUUUUGCCAGUUCUACCUCCGGAACUACCGCCCCAAGAUCUUCAAGGACUACAUGUACCUGGUGACGGGCGCCUGGGACGGUGCCAGCCUGACAGUCCUCUUCAUUCUCUCCUUUGCCGUCUUCGGUGCCGGUGGGCCCUCGAUUCCCUUCCCGACCUGGUGGGGAAACAACGGCGCAAAUGGAAACUAUGAUUUCUGUCCCACAUCUGACUAGGCGUCAAUGCUGAAAGUCAUUGUGCGGUGGAAGUAGUGGCCUUCCGCGCUUCGAGAGUAAGAGAAUACAUAGAUAAUAAAUAUGUCAAAGUCAGCGCCAACCUGCCUGUAUUAGUGCGGCUGGAUAUAUAUAAUAUACAAUCUCUACUAU